GAACUCUCUCUCCCCCAAUUCCAGUCUGCGGCUCUGCUAGCAGAUCGCCAUCCACUACUUCACUAGAGCCUAGGUGACAUCUGCCACAUGUGCACUUUACAGUUUACCGCCUUGUAUGUCCUUCUUUAGCACCGUACAAGCCUAGAAUUCUUCAAACCCAGACCCAACCUGCACAUAACCUUAACCCGCUGACUGUGCCCUGAUGCGAUCCGUUCCAAUGCGUUAUAUCCUGGGUCUUCCUUGACUUCUUUCUCGACUUGGUCAUGUUCGUAUAGAGUGUCUUGCCUCUGAUCAUGCUGGCUGCUCACGGCCUUACACUGAUAUAUGUUGUUUCAAUCUUCAGUGUGCUAGCCACCAUCACCGUCUCGCUGCGAUGUUAUACCAGACGCUGUCUGUUGAAGAGGUUCGGUGCUGAUGACUUCCUUGCAACAAUAGCUCUUUUCCUAUAUCUCAUAUUCAGCGUGUUUUGCAUACUCGGAGUUCGUUUUGGAAUUGGGGAGCACGUCUCACAGCUCGAUGAUGAGCACAUCAAACGGACUAUGCUGGUACCGCUCCCCUCCUUACUCACACUACCAGCUCGUCUUAACAAUGUUCAGAUCUGGUGGAUCGCCUAUCUCAUGUACGGCGUCAUCAUCACCAUCGUCAAAGUCUCCGUCGGCCUCUUCCUGCUACGCAUCACCAUCUACCGCCACCAGCGUUAUUUGUUAUGGCACGCCAUCCACGUCACCAUAAUCGCAGGCGUCAUCUUUGUCUUCAUCGUUGCCUUCCAAUGCAAGCCCGCCUCCUUCUUCUGGACGAGACUCGCCCGCGACAGCACACACCAGGGCACGUGCAUCAACCCCCACACCUAUGUUGCCCUGGCAUACUGGUUCAGCGUGAUAUGCGUCGUAACCGACUUCAUCUUCGCCGGCCAACCUAUCUUCCUAAUCUUCACCCUGAAUCUGGGCUGGCGGGAUAAAGCCAUCCUGUUCGGCAUCCUGAGCAUGGCGACAAUGUGCGUAACCUCCUUCCUACAUCGACUUCAAAUCCCUAACGCUACCAACAGUGCCUGCUUCGCCCCCAUCGUCCGCAUGUUCCACCUCCACGCCCUCACCAGCGACGACUUCCUCUGUACGUCUCCUCUCAAGACCUUUCUGUCCCUUCCACCAAACUAACCUACCUCCCAAACAGACGCAACAACCGACAUCGCCAUCUGGUCUUCCGUCGAGCCCGGCCUCGCCAUCACCACCUCCUGCCUCGCCACCCUCCGCCCCAUGUGGCGCCACGUCCGCACCCCCAAACGCACCACCAUGGUCGCCCAAGCGCC